UUCAUUUUUGACAAUUUGUCAAAGUUUUUGUCCACUAAAUUAUGGCCUCACCCUUUAAAAAAGAAGAAGUUUAUGGGUUUAAAACCCUCUACCGCGAGCUUGGCUACUACAUAUCUCGACUGGAGCAAUAUGAGAGAGCUUUGAAAUUUUUCGAUGAAGCUAUUGCCAAAACACCAAAUGACCGAAGAGCUCUAAUGGGGCGCGCUUGGGCCCGGUCUAAGGCUUGUAAAUACGAGGGGGCCCUUGAUGACAUCAGAACGGCCCUUAAUUUGGAUCCCGAUGACCUUGUCAUGUUGGCACAUAAGGCCCUCAACACUUAUCUAAAUUGUGAAUUUGAAGAUGGGUUAGUGCAAAACACUCGGCUUCUGCCGAUACGUAAAAAACCAGAUUACUUCCAAAUGGGCGCAAUGCAUUGUGCUGAUGCUAUUGAAAACUGUUUGGGUGAACGAGCCGGAAGGCCGUUACGUGACCACUACUUAAUAAUUCGGCGAUUAGCUUGGAAAAAAAAUUUUGAAGAACAGAAACGCUUCCAGCCCAAAUCACGUUACAAGAAGAAAAAGAAGAAGAAAAUCGUUCUUCCCGAUAAAGUGACCAGUAAAGGCGAUCCUAUUAUUCCCCUAAAAUCAUCACGAAACUUAAAUCAACAAUCUUUAACCUCUGAGAAUACUCUAACCCAAGUUGAUGAACCUCCAACCGAUCGCGAAAGCAUUGUUGACAGCAUCUACUCGUUAAAAUCAGAACGCAACAUUCUUCCACCCCCCAUUAAAUUCCCUUACAGACCCCUUCAGCGAUACACCAGCAACAUUGAAAACUAUAUGGCCGAAAAAUACCUCGACACACUUUACAAGGACAAACUUUUUCUCAAAAAUCUCCCAACAGAACCUGGAAUUUCUUGCCCCAAUGAAGCCGGGACGAAGAAAAUUCUACUACUGGCUAAGACCGGCUACAAAACGGUUAAAUACAAACAAGAGUUGUUACGAGCCAGACGACCUUUUUAUUUCAUCAAGUACCAAGAAGCUACGUCUUCUGGUGCCCUCAAGGUGCGACAAGAGCAACAACUGAACAAAUUAAGAGACGCAGCAAAGAAAGAAGCAGAUUCGAUAGUCUCCAAAAUGAAGGAUGCUCUUGAAGAGAAGGGUUGGAAGUCAGUGCUUGAAACGGCCGAGAAAUUGAAAACUUUCUGCGACCUCAAAUCUCGCAAAAUCCUUCCUGAUCGUGACACUUAUUUGGAAGUGUUGUACGAUACGGUGUGUCAAGCACAUUACGAUUUGAAGCGUAUCAACAAGAACCAGCUCGAGUGGGAUCAAGAGAAGAGAAUUUAUAAAAUGUUGGGGCUCCAUUUAAGUCGGGAACCAUCAACCGAUUCGGUUAUCACUCAGUUUAAGGGAGUUUUUAUCGAUUGGAAGAAGCAGAUUACUGUAUAUGGUGAUCGGUUACGUAAAGCAACAACACCCAAAGAAAUGUGUUGGCUGUACCAUGAACUGAGCCGAUUCCACACCGAGUUGAAGCAAUAUGAAUUAGCCCGUGUCUAUGCCAGGAAAUGUAUGAACGAGGGCAAACGUACCGAAAAUAAUAAAUGGGUCAUCAAUGCUUUGCUACUUAUCAUGAGGAUUAACAUAGCUCAACAUAGCAAAAAUGAUGCCAAAUCGGAUGCGCAAGCUGCUAUAGAACUGGCGACGCAAAUGGGUGAUAAGAACCUAAUAGCUUUCUUAAACAAAUGCAAGCAAGUUAUCGAAAAAGUUGCCUUUGACGAGAAACUAGGCCCGAAAGUAUUGAUGCAGCGAGAGCAAAAGAUUGUCGAGAUGAUGGCUGGUGAUAAGAUGAAAGACGAAGCUGCUCAUCUUUUCAGGAUGAUGUCUGCAAUGCCAGCUGCCAGACGCAUGUCUGUUAUGCCUGGAAUCAGGAUCACUGAUGACGACGAUGAUAAGAAAGCAAUGGCUUCAAGGAAACAAUCCAUAAUGCCAGGAGUGCCAAAACCGGCUGAGUUCGCAAUGACGACGCCCACUCAGAAGCAGAAGAAAGGAGGCAAGCAAGUUUCAAUAGAUGAGUCGUCGAAAGGGGUCGGAUUUGUUGAACUUAUCAAAUAUCAUAUCGAUGACUGACUUGAGAUAAAUAAAGAUGAACUUUGUAAUAAGAGUGACAUUUCAGUUGUGACAAACUGUCUAAAAAAAUUCAAAUAUUUCACUAAAGAGAAGAUUUUGCUCUUGGAAUUGUGCGCAGAAAUUACGAUUUCGUAAAGUAAAUAAGAAUAGGUAACCAAACCUUUUAAACACUUUUAGUGUUAUUCGAGGAACAACAAAACAAACAUUUGCUUUGAAGGUGUAUCUUAUCGACCUGUGCUCUACAUUACCAACACAUUUCCUCGAAAAAGUCUACACACAUUUAUUUGUACAAAACUAAUUUUUUAAUUUUCCACAAAAAUCUCAACCCAAUCGAUGCCUAAUUAAAGUUUAUGGCAAUAUAAAAGGUAAACAAUUUGCGUGUAAGACAACACCGUUUAUUAAACACUUAGUCAUAAGUGAGCAGAUUUUGCAAACAAACCAAGUUUUACCAAAUCUUCAUAAAAAUCAAUAUUAAGAUGUAGGUGAACAUUUAAUUAUUAUCUACGUCUUGGUUUCAAGUAACGACACAUUAGUGUGACAAUCGACUGAUUCUGAGUACAGUUUUCACGCUUUUGUCUGAAUUCUAAUAACCCAUUUAGUAGUAAAUAAAUUAGUACUAUCGGCAGAUAAGAUAAAAAGCGAUCGAAUCAUCUGGAUGAGUAACAGUUUAGUUCAGUAAAAAAGAAAACGUUUUUGCAAUGUACAAACGAUUUAUCAUCAAAAUCGACCUGAAAUAUCCCACCAUCCUAAUCGGAAUAUUUCACUUGAUAUUCCUCAUUUUUCGAAUAUAUGAAAUCGCCAUGGAUCUGUAUUUUCUAGAAGAACUUGCUGAAGUUAACCAAUUAACGUAUGUGACUCUAAUUACUUUGCUUCAGCUAGGCAUAAUCAUAAGUCUAUUUGUUGGAGCGACAAAGAAGCAGCACGUAUUUCUUCUUCCUUGGUUGUGUUUCACAGCACCCACCUUCUGUAUGGCUACGGCUUACGCAACUUUAUACAUAGCGACCGGUGAUAGUGUGCAAAGUAUCAUUAACUAUGCAUUUAUUGUGAUAUUUUGGUCGUCGUGGUACUUGGUGUUCAAGUAUUACAUCGUUUUGAAGAACUCCUUCAAAUACUCACCGUUCAAAGGCUACAAGUACUCAGCGAAUCUCAAAGAACUUAACAACGAAUGCGGCGAAAGUCUCUGAAGAAGGCGGAUUUGGCACCAAUUGAGAUUACUUGGAGGCUGAUAAAGUUUUAUUUGUGGAUAGGAAGUCGGCUCAGCUUUGACAAUUGCCGAAAAAAGCGCAAAUUACGUAAAAAAAUUCGUGAACCGGAACGAAAUUGCACGUUCUAUUUAUGUUAAUUUGUUUUAUCUCUGUUUUUCGUUCUAAUUAAAAUCGAGUUGCAUCACCGACUAAGAUACUUUGUUUCUGUUAGGGCACAACAUUUUUGUGCUUGAUAACAUGCAAAUUUUGGAAGCUAUCGUUAAUUCCGGGUACUGGUGAUAAUGCUGAUAACGAUAAACCCCCCACCACGCCCUAGCCCACGUGGAUAUGUUGCUCUUGCCCCAUGAUCCCACGAGUAAAACCCGUCCUUGAACCCGUCUUCUAUUUUGAGUUCUGGUCGUUUUUGAGACAAUGCAGUUGGAUCUUCUAAUUUUGGUGCUAGAAAAGGUCCUCUAGUUUGCCCGGCAUAGAGGUCAGUGAUGUUUACAUUAGAAUUAUCAUUCUAUUUUGUUCUCCUUGACCCCGAACGACCCCUUAGUUUUGUCUAAAAUGGACCAGAACUGCAAGUUUGGUUUUUCUAUUGCUACUACAAUGCGAAACAAUGACCAUUUGAUUUGUACUUAAAAAUAAAUGUUUUUUAAAAAUAAAACUCUUGUUUACGA